CAUGUUGGUAGUCAUAGCAACAAGCUAAUGAGAGGCUCGUUAUCGUGAAGACAAAAGUGAAGCGUUUUGAUGGCGGACUUUAGGAUUUGAAGACUUUACAAGAUUUGUACUGAAAGCCUUUAACUAUCACCAGAAACGACCCCAUCGUAUUCUACUUACGCUAUUUAUUGGAUCUGCGGUUGUGAUUUGAAGCCAGAGAAAAAGACAGGCGAUAAAACGCGUAGUUCUUGAUUGAGUAAUUUCUUAUGGUUUCUACGCGUGGAACUUUGAAGACAAAAAACUAGUGUUUUUACGCUUUGAUUGCCUUAUUACAUCAAUAAUCAACAAAGAGUAUAACAAGGUUUGAUAAAGAAGACAAUCUGUCUUGGAAGUGCUGGUACAACUAGAGAUCGGAGACACUAUUGAUUUACAACAGUUGGAUUCCAGCCGUUAAGGAAGAGCAAUUUGUUUUGAAAAUAUAGCUGCUUCCACCAGGCUUCCUAAACGUAUAAAAAGCGCUUUCUUUCACGUCGUAUUACUCUGUUUAAAGAAACACACGAUAAACUGUCUGUAAUUCAAGAGUAGAUGUGAAAACCCACUGUAACUUUGACAAGCAUGUGUUCAAAGAGAUCUCUUCAAACACGAGUUUGAUUUAGAACUCAAAUAUUCCAAAUUGCUUGAUGAUUUCGUCAAGGGAAAGAUGAACAAGCUAUUGUAUUUCUGUGUUAUCAAGUUAUUAGCUAGCUAGUUUGUACAUGGAGAGAUCCUAGUUGAACAUUAUAAAUGGAAAAAUACGAAAACUUGGGACUUGUUGGAGAAGGAUCGUAUGGGAUGGUGAUGAAAUGUCGCCACAAAGACUCCAACCAAAUCGUCGCUAUCAAGAAGUUUAUUGAAUCUGAGGAUGAUAAAAUGGUAAAGAAGAUUGCUCUUCGUGAAGUUCGAAUGCUAAAGCAACUACGCCAUGAAAACCUAGUCAAUUUAAUUGAAGUAUUUCGUCGCAAAAAGCGUCUGUUCCUGGUCUUUGAAUUCGUAGAUCAUACAGUCUUAGAUGAUUUAGAAAGAUAUCCUAAUGGCCUUGAUGAACUGACAGCUAAGAAAAUUAUGUGGCAGGUACUGAGGGCUGUGGAAUUCUGUCACAAUCAUAAUAUUAUUCAUAGGGAUGUUAAGCCUGAAAAUAUUUUAGUUUCUAAAAGUGGAAUUGUGAAAUUAUGCGACUUUGGCUUUGCUAGAACAUUAGCGGCAGGGCCAGGAGAAGCUUAUACAGAUUAUGUUGCUACUCGAUGGUACAGAGCACCAGAACUGCUGGUUGGUGAUACAAAAUAUGGAAGGGCUGUAGAUAUUUGGGCAAUUGGCUGUUUAUUGGCUGAAACUUUGACUGGAGAACCGCUAUUCCCAGGAGAUUCAGACAUAGAUCAGUUGUACCACAUAAUGAGAUGUUUUGGUAACUUGAUUUCACGACACAAGGAAAUAUUUCAAAAGAACCCUCUUUUUGUGGGCAUGAGAUUACCAGAUGUCAAGGAAGUGGAACCUUUGGAGAGGAGAUUUCCUAGAAUUAGCCCUUUAGCAAUGGAUUUAUUGAAGCUUUGUCUCAAGAUGGAUCCUGCAGAACGACCAUCUUCCUCACAGCUUCUUAAGCAUGAUUUCUUUAGGAAAGACAACUUUGCUGAAAGAUUCACGCAAGAACUGAGAGCAAAAAUAAACAAAGAGACAGCUGAUAAUCCACUGUUAAAGUUCCUCAGUGGCACAAAACAUGAUGAAGCUGAAGAGAGAGCAAGAAGAAAAGACAAGAAAAUGAAAAAGCUGCAAGAAGCAAAAGRAGCCAAAGAAAGAGAAGCAAGGAAGGCUGAACUAAAAGAUUCUAAGAAACACAAAGAGUCAACAAACACUGAAAAAGUCAGCAAAAAGCAACCUCUUCCUUCGACAAGUCAAAGCUCGUCAUCACAUUCAACACAAGAACACACAACAACGUCAUCAAGCGUACACCAUACACUUGCAGCUGCAACAACAUCAAGUAUGACAACAUCGCAUAGUACGCCUUCACAUUCAACACCGGGAACACCCUUAGAGACAAUUACGGCACCCAAUAAUGCACACGGGCGGCAGUUAUCUCCUAUACAAAGUGCAAGUGGUUUACGGAAUUCCCCAACAAGACAUUCGCCGCCAUCAGAAUCCCAUUCCAACACACACUCUAAUCCUCAUGCAGUAACAAGUGUGGCUUCAGUGAUUUCUAAUAAAAGUAAUGGCUCACAAGCAUUGACGUUAUCCAAGACUAAUAUAGGACUGGGUAUGGUUGGUAGCCCAAGCCAUGACUCGCCUUCUCUUGGUCCUCCAGCUUUCAGAGUAACAACAGACAGCAGAUCCAAGAAGACAACUGGAGGAUAUGGUAGCAAAAAAUCCACUGGAUCAUCUAAUCACUCGUCGUUACAUUCAAAUUCUGAAAUGAACACUUAUUACGACCAAAGGACAUUUAGUAAUUUUGAAAUAAGUGGUCGUCAUAGUGAAAUAGGAUCAUGGCAAGAUACCAGGCCAAGUUUAGAAUCUAGUUCAAAGAAAAAGAGAGACAAGGACAAAGACGUGUUUAGAGAUAGAUUAAGAAGUGAAAACGAGCUUCCUCAUUUACCUGAUUUACAUGGAAUAGAAGGCAAAAGUUACAAGGGAAGUAAAAACUCCAAGAAGACAACAGUAUCGAUGAUGCCGCACAUCACUAACCUGACACCAUUCCAGAAUGGACCCUCUGGCCAUCACCAAGGGUCAUCACCGCAGGGACAUUAUCAAGGUGGAAGUCAUGACUCUAAUCUUCCAUCAGUGUAACAAACAGCCGUCAUCAUGAAUAAUAAUGAAUCGAGUAUCACCAAUACAUUACAAUAGGACCAGUGUUUGUUUUGGUCUUAUUGUAGAAAUCCAAAAGUAGCUUUUGUCAAUUUUUUGCAUUUAUUAUUAUUAAUUAUUAUCAGAAAUGUCAAAUACAUCAGGUUUCUGAAGCAACGUAUUCCUACGUAGGUACUGUAGCAUGUUAUGCUUGUAUCAAAUGGAUUCUACAUAAUCAAAUAUUACUAGGGGAAUGCAUAUUCAAGGACAAUGAAGCUAAUCUAUAAUAUGUUAUAAAAAUGUAUAUCUUUGGUAAUAACUACUUGAUAAUUUAUUUCAAAGUCAUGUUUGUUUGUAUUCAAUGGUAUUAUUAAAUAGGGUGGCAAAAGAAACGACCAACAACAAUACAGUAAUUAGUAAGGAAUAUCUAUAGUAACAUAACUUACGUAUACCAUUCAUUUGCUUCUUACAAAAGAUAUCAAUCAUUUGUCAAGGUGUAGAAUAAUCUAUUAUCAAUUAUUAUUAUUAAUAACAUGAUUUGAUGAUCAAAACAAAUAGCAUUAAAUUAAAAUUUUGCUUGUUAGGAAGUUCCAUAUUUUAUACUAAAUUUCAUAAGUCAGAUUUCACAGUUUGAUUCAACCACUACCAAGGACAAACAAUGAGUACUAGYGUUCUUUGUUUCAUCUACUUGUGGUGGAUAACCUUAACUCAGUUUUGUAAUAUCUAUUAAGGCUGAUUUACAUCAUACGGUACAAUUUUCCCUCACAACUAUUGUGCCAAACAUGCUUAUGCCAAGUUUUAGCUGCCGUGUACAUGUAUAGCAUAAGCAAAUUGCAUUGUCACAGUCAUCUACAUGAAGCAGUUAUGUCGUUAACAUGUUGCAUACGGCAGUUGUGAGGAAAAAUCAUACAAUGUAAAUUGGCCUUUAGAGUUGGUUAAAUCUGUUGGAUUUCUAAUUAGUAAAGUUCUUGAAAAAUUAUGAAAACAAACCAGGAUCAUACUCUCAAUAUACAAAUCACCAAGUCUGUACAAAUCUUUGAAAUAAGAUCAUCUUUUUGCUACUUUUUUAAGUUUUAUCACUAUUGUCUCUGAUAUCUGCCUCUGGUGUUGUAUAACCUGAACUAUUUUGUUACGUAUUGUACAAAAAUAUUCAUAUCCAUUUAUGGCUGUCUAAGUAACAAAAAUAUUGAAUUGGAAUAAAAAUACAUUUAUUAACCUGCUUAAA